AUAUAAUCCUGCAAGUGGCAAAAAUAGUUUGUACGUUGCGAUGGCCCAAACAUGUCAGCUGAAAGCCUUGCUUCAGGUUACUGCGGCUAAAAUGGAUAUUGAGGAUGAACUUCUUGAGCACUACCUGAAUCAAGUUGUGAAAGUAGUAUGUUCGUCUGACUUGUCAAAAGCUGUUCAAGGAACACGUCUUUUAUCAACUGUGCUGUCAACUAAAGAAAAACGUGAAGAGUUCACUCGGAUCCUUACUACCCUCUCUUUGGAUAAUUCUAGAAGUCAUGCUGAUUUAGCGUCUCUAGUUAUUGACUUGAUUUCAAAUUUGACUAGAGAUCCUGUUUGGUUGGAUGAUUUUGGUGAACGUUUUGAUAACAAACAUAUUAGAUCGAUCCUCAGCUCAAGUUCUUCUAUCCAGAAGUUUCUCCCAGUAAUACUUAACCUAAGUAGGUUAACAUCAGUACGCCACUCCAUAUGCUCAUCAAAACUAUUACGAAAGCUGAUCAGUUUAUUUUCAAAUGUGCGUUCCGUCCGUAUCAAAAUUCUAAUAUCUGGCAUAAUAAAAAACUGCUCAUUUGAAGAUGGGCUUCAUAGUGAACUUUUCAACAAGGACGUUGGUUUGCUCGAUGUAUUUUUAGUUCCACUUUGUGGUCCAGAAGAUUGUAUUGACAAAGAAGACCGUGCUAUAUUGCCUAAAUCUGUGCAGACUAUAACUGGGAGCUCCCAGUUUUCUCGUUUGUUUUCCACUGAGUUGUAUCUUACUAUUUGCCAAACAUUUUUGCAGUUCUGCUCCACCAGUCACGGACGAACAUUUCUUCGGUCUAAUGGAGUUUAUUUUAUUUUGCGUGAGUUACACAAUUAUAUAGCAAAAGCCGAAGAACAAACACAAUGUCCUAAGACUAACGAAGCAGUUACAAACAAGGAAUUACUAUUUUGCAUCGAACAAGUAGUAGAUCAACUCAUUUGUGAGGAAAUUGAACGUGAUGAGCGCUGUGCAAAAUCCAGUCUUAGAGAAAUAAAUAUUGACGCAGAAACUAAAGAGAAACUUGAUAGAGUGAAAAAAGACUAUUUGGAAUGCAAGUAAUGUCUGAUAUCUUUAGUGUAUUUUAUUUUGGCUUUGUAAAUACUCAAUACUCCAGUUGCUGUUUCUACUCUUUAAUUUUUCUACACCCCAAUCAAUUCUAAUUAACACUUACGACGAUGAAUUUCAGUUGUUUAACGUUAAACCUGUGUAACAACCUUCGUUGACAGCAAUCAUCCUUUCUUAUCACUAAGUGAAAUAUUAAACCUUAUCUGAGAACGUCUUGUAGAACUGCUCUGUAAAAAACAUCGAAUUCUAACGUCCUUUAUAAUCUGAAUAUAUUCGACAGUGUUUCCAAUUGUGAGCUAAUUUUCCGUCAGUAGGUUUUAAAAAGAUCCAAUGUAUGGAAUAAAAUAAAUGGAAAAGUAACGGGAAACUUGAUAAUCUAUACAGCUUAAGCGCGAACUCAAUUGAGAUAGUUUUUUCAGUUUUAUUCCAGACUUUGCUCAGUUUCAAGGUGUAUCAUUUUGUUUUAAAGCGUACAUAAAUGUAUUUAUUUUAGCAGACAUCUGGAACUAUGGUAGAAAUAUAAAGGCCAACUAUAAACAUUGAUUAUUCAGUACAGUUUCAGAAUGAUCAUUCAAAUGGUAGUAUUCAAUUUAUGCUUUGGUAAAAAGGAGACCUGGCGGUUCUCUACGAAGAUCAAUACAUAGAAAGCCAACAUCAAAUGAUCAGUACACGAAUAUCAAAGUUGGGUCCCACUGAAGCAAAAGAGGAACCUGAUCCAUUCUCUAUUCGAGGGCUAGAUGCGUCUGUACAGAAAAUACAAUCGAUGCCGAAGAUAGGCACUGACUAGCAACAGAUAUACGCCUAAAUCCAUUGGGAAAAAUCUUAAGCCAGAACAACAACGUGGUGUCCACAACACCAAAGGAGACUUCGUUAACAUUCAGUGUGAAAUAGAUACUUUGGCAGAAAUUCUGAGAAACAGGCUUUCAAGAUCUCUGAAGAAAACAUUCGAUUCGACUGAACUCUGGUCCGAUGUUAUGUGAAGGACAAGCUCCCACUUUGGUCCAAAUUAAUGUGCAUUUAUCAGUUUACUUGUUCUUGUGGAGCAGGCUAUAUUGGCCGCACAAAGCGAGCCCUUUCGAAGCGCAUCUCCGAACACCACCCUACCUGGCUUCGCAAAGGAUUACAGAGGUCAGUCGAAAGCUCGAUUUUGGAGUACCUAGUCUAUCCCGGUCGCUCCGCUUCUCCAGAAUUAUACAUGGAAAAGUUGGCUCGAUAUAAAUGCAAAUGGACAACUUGUGUACGGCAGAUUAUACUGUUAUCCAGCAGUUUAAGCCUAUCUUUUCCUACAGAAACAAGUUUCUUAAUUAAUUAGCACCUUUCUACCUUAGCAUAGAACACUAGUUUAGCAAAUAAAGAUGUAUCCUUUUUUCCAAAUCAGUAGUGUGUCAAAUAUUUGAUUAAUCACAACUAGGUUACUUGUCCCUCCAUGUUUGUUAAGUGUCUUUUUUGUGCAAAUGAAGGAACAUAGUA